AUGAUCGCCGUCAAAAUUGGUCGCAUGUACCGUCUGACUUUGAACGCAUGUCGUAGCAACUACAUUCAUCCAAUCAGGGCGUGUCAUACAUUAUUUGAUAGCUUUCGAAAUAAGCUUUCAGAUGAUAUAACAUACAUGUCGCGAUAUAACCCAGUGGAUGUGCAAACUUGGAAGGGUGGUGGUGGGCCUCCAUAG